GGUCAUGGAUUCACAGCCAGCUGCAGCACAAUGAACACAGAUCAUUUGUUUCACAUUGCUUGAGUUAGAGCCUUCGUGACCAGCUGCAAGUUUGUCUUCUCAGAAGCACCCAAUGGAUGCAGGGGUUUAAUACCACACAAGUAAUGCUGUAGGUUAUAAAAGCACAGCAGGACUGAAGAUGAGAGCUUGCCAAAAGCUCCCUCAUCUCAUUUAAUCGGAUAUUGUAACACUUUUUUCAGUGCCAAGCACUGUGAGGCAGCUUGUUACUUGCUGUAAAUUCCACUAAUAAGAGGAUUCCAGAGCUGCCUUGUAGCGCUGGUUCAAAGAAAAGGACAGAAUGAGGUUUGGCCAAAUGUAGAAGGAGGGACUAGAGUUUGGCAGAAUGUAGAAAGUGGAAAGUUUAUUCACACGUACAACAGAAAAGAAUCGAAUAGCUGUAUUUUAACUUGUCUGAAAGGCAUACCUUUACUCUGUGGAGAAAUGACCUGGAGAUGGAUUAAACUCUGCACACUUCUUUCACUCUGUACCACUUCAGUGACUGCAGAGAGGAAGUAGCUGCUCCUGGUGUUCAGCUACACAGUGACGUUUCGUUCAUUUUUAUAGCUCACAUGAGUGAUGAAGUACCCACAGCAAAGUGUGCUGAUUUUAACAACACCACCUGGCGAGAAUACAAGCAAAGAACCAAGGUGCGGGUCCAGUACCUGCUUCUAACCCGAAAGAAUGCAGACUGCGCGAGCCUCUUCACCCAGGACUGUCUCAACCACACUCAGCAACAUACCGCAUACUUCAACUCCACACUUCCCACUAAAGUCAUUGUUCAUGGGUACAGGGCUAUAGGCACUAAGCCAUCAUGGGUGAGUGGAUUAGCCCAAGCUUUGUUACAGAAGGAGGAUGUGAAUGUCUUGGUUGUAGACUGGGUCCUUCGGGCGUCCUUUGCCUACAACCUAGUGGUGGAGAACUACAAGGAAGUGGCCUUGCAGAUAUCAAUUCUUAUUAAUCAGCUGACAACCUAUGGUAGUACUCUGGAAUCAUUCCAUUUAAUUGGGGUGAGCCUAGGAGCUCAUGUGGCAGGAUUUGUGGGGACUCUAUUUAAAGGCAAAUUGGGACGAAUUACAGGUCUGGACCCAGCAGGCCCCAUGUUCAAGAACGCUGAUCCGUUCAAUCGUCUGGAUCCCUCAGACGCCAUGUUUGUUGAGGCCAUACACACUGACUCUGACUGUUUUGGCAUCUCUAUUCCUGUUGGACACGUGGAUUUUUUCUUAAAUGGUGGCAAGGACCAAACGGGAUGUGCACAGUCAAGGUUUGCGUCAAUUCUUAUUUACUUUCCAGUGUAUGGCUAUGUGAUCUGCGACCACAUGAGGGCACUGCAUGUGUAUGUAAGCAUGCUGAAUGGCCCCUGUACCCUGACUGGAUUCCCCUGCUCCAGUUAUGAGGACUUUCUAGCAGGCCAGUGCACCAGCUGUGAUAAAGCAUUCAACGGUGCCUGCCCUCAAAUAGGCUUGCUGAAGAACAGUGGGAUAACGGUAUCACCUCUCCCCAAACAAGAGAAAGUCUACCUCCUGACUACAUCUGAAGCUCCUUUCUGUGCUCAACACAUCCUGAUUGAGCUGAAGGUAUCUCCACUGGAGAAGAGUGCUGAGGUGCAGGUCACCCUGAUCUCCAUGAGCGUUGCUGAGACAGAGCAGAGACUCAGGCUACAGACAGACAAAACUGUUUAUAAAAAAGUAGUGGGACAUCCAGAGGCCCUCUGUAAGAUUGAUGCUAUUCAAGUGAAGAAUACUGGAGCCCUAUUAUACAGACAAGGGAACAUUCACUUUGAAUACAUCUGUAUCUCUGAGAUCCCUAAAAUGAGGAGGACCGAUCCAUUGUGUGUGGAGAACAUAAACAUUGGAAGGGGAGCACCAUGGUCACAUGACUUUGUCCAGUUGUGCUGAACUUACUAAGGGAGACAGAAUCUCCUGCACAGUGGACAGAACCUACAGAAGCAAGGUGUCAGAAUGUCCACUUUUAUGUACACUCAUAUAGAAAUUCUAGCAAGGGGAAAAGGGUCCACGUAUAUGUGCACAUGAUCAUAUAAUUGUAUUCGCUUCAUGCUUCAGCAAAAAAACAAAUGAACAAACAUGCACAAUAGGCAGCAGUUCUAUAACUUGGAAGAAAACUGACGCACAAACAACACACAAUGGAAGUGCUACACUUCAAGCCGUGUAAUGUCAAGAGCAUUUAUUAAAGUGUUCUAUUAACAUCUCAUAUUUUACAUGUAUAAUGUGUGAAAUACCAUGUACAAAUGCAUUAGUUGUCAAUAUCGCUUGUCUGCAAUUAAAUAUCACAGAGUAGUACUUAGGACAUUUACCACUGGUAAAUUACUGGAGCUCAGUUUUGUUGGUUUCUUCUGUUUAAUCUCAAAUAUUGCAACAUGGUUAACAUGAACACUAACUGUUAAUGUGUCAGUAGCUGUUUCUUACAUAUUGGAUUAUUCUAACGAGAUACCAUAUACAGUGGCUAUAUUUAAACCUAUAUAUUGUGCCUACAGAACAUUCUGUAAUUAAAAAGUAUAAAACUGUGCCAAAUUAUUGACACGUCUGGUGAAGAUGAGCAAAAAAUGCUAUGAAAAGACCAUUUUUAUUGUUUAACAGUUUAGCAGCUGGAUCACACACUUUAUCAAUUUUAUAAGGAAAAAAUACCCAAGACAAGUAUUAAAUAUUUGGUUGAUGAUGUUGUAUAUCCUUAACAAUAUUCCCUGGGACCCUGAGCUCCACAGCAUCAUGCAUCCACCACCAUACUUCAUUUGGGAUCAGAUUCUUUUCUACCUUGACUCUUUAUAUGUCAAAGCUUACUUCAUAUAUUUGUUGCAAAAAUGCAUUUUUUCUCAUCUAUGGCCAUAGAACCCAGAUCCAGUUUCGAGUUCGGCAAAUUCCAAACUCCCCAUGCUUACACCUGUGGUUUGACAACAAUAGUUUGUUGGUAUACAUUUUUAUGGUUAAAAGAAAUAAUUAUGCUUUUGAGAAAGACUCAUAGAUCUGUUUUAUUUUAAUAUUUUCUUUUUUACUGAAAAGUUAGAUUUCUCUGAUGUUCCCAGUACAAGAUUAAGCUGCUAAAACACAAAGAUAUAUUUAUUUAUAAACAUAUUUUCCAUAGCCUUUCUUGGUAGUCUUUUUUAAGGGUGUCCAUAAUUCUUGGCAAGGGGCAAUGUAAGGCCUUAUCUACUGCAGGCAAUGAAACUGCAGACUGUGAUGUGUAUUUAUUAAAGAAAAUUGGCCCCAAGAAAAUACAGUGAUUUAAUGUGGUAAAAUAAAGACAGUGUAAGUCA